UGGAGCCAGCGCCCCCUAGAGGGGAAAGGCCCCGUGUCCCAUAUCCUGGGGCGGGGGGGGGGGGAAUUAGCCGCUCUGGUCUCCGAUUCGCUGGCCCGUCUGUCCAUCCCCCCCCCCCCCCCCCCGGCUCUCCCAGCCUAGCGACGGAGGAGGAGGUGGAAGGUUACCGGGACAGCAAACCCCGUUGCCUUGGCGACCCCCCGUUGCUAACCCCGGCAGCAUCGGGUACCACUGGGGGGGGUCGGAGCAGCGCCGGAGGCCGGGGCACCGCAGGGUGGCGAGAUGACACCCCUACCUCAUACCUCCCACCGUGGCCAAGGAGCGGAUGGAAACCUCCUCCCCCUGCAAAGGCCGGAGGGAAACUGAGGCACGCAGUGGCAAAAGACGACGGCAGCUUCCCCCUUCGUCCCAGCCCCUUUCACAGGGGUGGGGCUGUGGGGCGGAAACACCCGUUUCCCGAUCCUCGUGUCCCGCAUAAUCCAUUGCGAUGCCUGUGGGCUAGCAACAGACAGCUGCACCCGUGCCAGCCCGGGUCGAGCCUGAGCCACAUCGGCCUCGAAGGAGAGCAGGGUCUUCCGGCAGGAACCCGUUCUGGGCUAACACCCUCUCUCUGCACCAGCCGGCCUGUCCCACCUUCCCCCCAGCUGCAGCCAGAGCUGAGGCAGCCGGUGCCGGGGGUCGCGGGAUUCUUCCCCCCGGUAGACAGAGACCCCGGUUUGGGCCCUGAGAGCCAGGCCGCCGUCUGCACCAUGGGCGGGGCGGGGCCCCAUCUCCAGCACUGGGGGGCGGAGCAAAGUGAAGCCUGCGGAAUCAGCUGCAGCGCCCACCAGAGCCCCCACAGGGCCCCUGAACCCCCAAUCCCAGCAGCAGAGACAGCACCGGUGGCUAGAGUGAACGUGGUGGUGGUGGUGGACGGGAGCUGUAUCCUCCAAUACACCCAUCGCGACUCCCCCUGCCUUUGCCUCCACCGCGGGGACGCCCUGCCGGCCCAUCGGCCUCCCCCCUGCUAUGGGGCCGCUGCCCCCUGCAGCCCCCCCGCCGCCGGGCCCCCCCUCUCCCGCCGGGCCCGGGGCCUGGGGGUCCGGUGCUGCACUGAGUUUUGCCUGGGGAAGGAAGAGGAGCGGGUGGAGUGGAGACCCCGCCACCAGGGGGCGCCCCCCCGCCGCACCCCGCCACCUGGCCGGCUGACGCCGGUGCCCCUGCCCCGCAGCGCCACGGGGCCCUGGUUUACAGUGGAGGCGCCAGAGGACGGUGGACCCGGGGCCCAGGUGGCCAGGAUCUGGGACCGGGGGCGCUGCCCCCUGCUGGAGGAGGGCGACCUCGUGGCCAAAGUGAACGGGGCCGACGUGAGGGGCCUCAGGCCCCGGGAGGUGGAGAACGUCCUGCAGCAGCACACGCGGGCCGGGGACGUCAUCCUGCUGGUGGAGCGGAGAGGUCCUGGACUCUGCCGGGCCCCCCUGGAGCCCCUGUUCUCCAUUCCCUCUCCCUGCUGGGAUCCCCCCUGGACGGGGGGGGCCCGGGACUCUUGGGGGGGUCCCAGCAGGGAUACCCUGGCCGUCACCAGCUUUGUGGGGCCCGAACCCAGGGACAUGCUGCUGUGCCCAGCCCGCUGCUGCGGGGGGGAGACCCAGAGGCCGCGAUGCCCCCAGCCCGCGGGGGGGGCCUGGGGAGCUGGGGGCAGCGUGGCCCCAGACAGCGCUGGGAGAGCAGACAGGCUGGUGCCCGGGCCCAGCGGGGACCCCCCCAGUGGGAAGCGUUCGGAGGACGGGGGGCUCCUGGCCCGGUUCUCCCACCGUGAACUCGGGAGCCUCUUUCGCCAGGUGGGGGCCAAGGUCCGGCUGCGAAUUCUGUCCACCCCCAGGGACGCAGCUGCCUCCAGUGACCUGGACGCGGCCGACAUCCAGGUGGAGGAAAGAGCUGGGAGGCCGGGGUGCCGGCUGCCCCAGCCACAGUGUCUGUCGGUCCCCUGGGACCCCCCCAGCUACUCGGUGGAGCUGGUGCGUGGCCCCCUCGGCUUCGGGUUCAGCCUGCGGGGGGGCAGCGAAUACAACAUGGAUAUCUACGUGCUGGGGCUGCUGGAGGGGGGGCCGGCCCAGCAGAGCGGCAAGAUACAGGUCAGCGACCAGCUGGUGGAGAUCAAUGGGGAGCCCACGCUGGGCAUGACGCACGCCCGGGCCGUGGAGCAGAUCCGCCGGGGGGGCAGCCGCAUCCGCCUGGUGCUCAGGAAAGGCGACGGAUUCGUCCCUGACUACGACCAUGAGCACAUCCCCAGCCCCGCCGGGCGGGACCAGAUGCCAGAGGGUGGACCGGCACCACACGGCUGGAGAGCAGACACGGCCGAGAGGUCUCUGCGCUGGGGUCAGGACGCCGGGGGCUGCCUGGAGGCUUCUCCCAGCAGUGGCGAGCGAGGAUCCCACCUCUGCCACCAACGUGGGUCCCGGGACCAUCGGGGCACAGAGCAGGGCUGGCUGGCAUCGGGGAAGGAGGCAGAGGCCAGGAAGGGAGACAGCGGGUCCCUCUCCCCCCGGAAGGAGCGGGUCUGGAGGGGCCUCUCAGAACCAGCCCCUGGGCCCUGGCUGGUGCCCAGCAAGGAGCGCCUCUCACGGGCCCUGAGGGGUGUCUGCAUGGGGGACGGGGAGGACGACAAAGGGGGCAGCCUGGGGUGGAGCAAAGAUGGGGAGGGGAGGAGGAGGACUUAGUCCAGCCCUGCCCAGCCCCAGAUGUUCUCAGUGCCUGGGACAGUCCACCCACCUCUCAUCUGGAUGUGCAAUGGUACCUUCCAUUCUCCUCUCACCUUUUCAACCAUGGUAUCCUCCACUCUUGUUCCCCUCCCCAUUUUGACUAAUGGUACUGUCUAAUCUACUCACAGUGGUACCUGCCAUUCCCCCCCAUCAGCAAUGCAGUGGUAUCAUCCUCUCCUGUCCCCCAUGCUGUGAAAUGGUACCUUCCAUUCGUCUUAUGGUACUUUCCUAUCUCCCCUGCCCCAGUCAUAGUCUGCACUGAUACCUUCUACUCUUCUGUGCUAUGGUACUGUCCACUGGUGCCCUCUGUACUUGGCAAUGGUAUCGUCCAUUGGUAAUUUUGCACCCCCUAUGGCAGGAUUGCAAUGGUACUGUCCACUCUCUCUUACUAACAAAAAGAACAGGAGGACUUGUGGCACCUUAGAGACGAACCAAUUUAUUUGAGCGUGAGCUUUCGUGAGCUACAGCUCACUGCAUCGGAUGUUUACCGUGGAAACUGCAGCAGACUUUAAAUGAGCUGUGGCUCACGAAAGCUCACGCUCAAAUAAAUUGGUUCGUCUCUAAGGUGCCACAAGUCCUCCUGUUCUUUUUGCAAUCCAUUACAGGCUCACAGGUGGACUGAUCCAUUCUGUGUGGCAGGGAGGGGGAAGAAGAUGGACACAAUCCCCAGAGCCACUCACAGAUGACCUAUUCCAUGGAGGAAUGGAUCAAACCAUUCCAUCAAGGUGGGGGGCAGAUGGGAAAGGAUUGGUUCUGCUCCAGAAGGGGUCCUUCCCCAGGGGAUGGGAGGUGUUGGGGGGGGGGGGGUGUCACAGUCUCGCAUUAAGAUGCUGCAGUUGCCUUGGUUUCUGUCUCCAUGGGGACAGUGUUUAUUUAAAGUGAACAGAAACUCUCUUGCUUACUGGCAACGAAUAAAAAAGGAAAAAACCCAGA